UAUAGUUCCAUGUGUCUCCUCGCCAACCUCAAAAGACUAUCCACACAGACAAUUUCCAAGUCAAGUUCACAGUCUUAAGGUUUCAAAUAUGGUUUCCAAGAUCCUCCCAAUCGUUGCUCUUGCCGGUGCGGCUAUAGCUGCCUGCCCUCUUUCUGUUGAGAUUGUUGAUACAACUCACCACAUCGCUCAAGUUGCAGUCAAGAAUACUGGUGCCGAGCCUGUCACUGUCUUCAAGGGCAACACCGUGCUCAGUGGCCAUGCAACAAAGGAUCUCCUGGUUGCCAACACAGAUGGAGAGCUGCUCCCGUUCGAGGGGGUGUACGUCAACUAUAAGAGAUCCGGCCUCGCUCCUGAAAUGUUCCAAACCAUUUUGCCGGGCGAAACAGUUACCACUUCUGUGAAUGUAGCCCGGAGCUAUAAACUCGCCGGAGUUUCCACCGCCAAAGUGACUGCAAUUCAGGGCUUCAAAUAUGUGAUCGGAUCCACCACCCCCACCGCCCUGAAGGAUAUGGCAGACUGCGAGAGCGUAAGCUCUAGCAGCGUGACGAUCACCCCUGACCAGAGCACGGUUGCCAGCGACCACAUCUCCAAGCGCGAGCUUCCUAGUUCCUCCCGCAUCAAGAAGCGAUCUGUAACCUACAACUCAUGCUCCACCUCUCAAACAAGCUCCCUUAAAACUAGCGUUGCGGAUGCUAUCUCUCUUGCCACUGCUGCAUACACCGCUGCGGGCACAGCCGCUGAUUACUUCACCGUCUGGUUCAAGUCCACCUCCGAGGAAACCAAAGUCCGCUCCAUCUACGCAGACGUCAAGGGGGUGCAAACCACUUCCCCAGCAAUCUACUGCACCGAUGUAUACGGCGACUGUGCCGAUGGCAGCGCGCUGCUCUACACGGUCCCUAGCGACAAUACUAUUAUACCCUGCCCGAACAACGGAUACUGGGACUUUCCGGAGUAUGCUACGACUUGUGCGGACGAUGAUUAUGACAAGGCGGGCAGUAUUCUGCAUGAGAUGACCCAUCUGUAUGGGACAGGUGAUUAUGCAUACGGGCCAACUGCCGCGAAGCAAUUGUCGGCGGCUCAGGCCGCGGCAAAUGCAGAUACAUAUGAGAUGUACUCUGAGAGUGUGAGGCUCGGUGGGUGCAAUUAG